AUGGGUGUCGCAGGUCUCUGGGAUCUAAUCCAAAACCAGGUUCUCCGCCCAGCAGGCAAACCGCGUUCUCUGACCCACCUCGCCGUGAAGGACGGGUUUGAGGCGAACCCCGACGGAAAACGCGGCUUCCGCGUCGGUAUCGACGCCAGUAUCUGGUUUUACCAUGCCACCUAUGGCCGCGAAGGCGAGAACCCCGAGCUUCGAACGCUCUUUUUCAGAUGCACUCGCCUCAUGAGCAUGCCGUUCUUGCCCUUGUUUGUCUUCGACGGUCCGAAGCGUCCAGAAGUAAAGAGAGGCAAACGUAUCAGCGGCAAGAACCACUGGAUGGUCCAGGGCAUGCAGGAGAUCAUCGCUGCGUUCGGAUUCGAGUGGCGAAUGGCCCCAGGAGAAGCCGAGGCGGAACUCGCCUACUUGAACCGCAUUGGCGUCAUCGAUGGCAUUCUCUCCGACGACGUCGACACCUUCCUCUUCGGUGCCCAACUCGUCGUCCGCAACCCGAGCACGACCCUGACGGGGAACAAGAGCCACUCGCUCAAGAACGCGGACGGCCGCGAGGACGGCAACCACGUGAUGACCUACCACGCCGCGGACCUCCUCGCGCACCGCGACAUCGGCCUCACCCAGGGCGGCCUCGUCCUCUUCGGCGUCCUCCGCGGGGGCGACUACUCCCCGGGCCUGCACGGCUGCGGCGUCGCGACUGCGCACGGGCUCGCGCGCGCAGGGUUCGGCGACCGCCUGCUCGACGCCGCGCGCACGCUCCCGCGCGACGAGCUCGCGGACUUCCUCGUGGGCUGGCGCGCGGGGGUGCGCGCAGAGCUGCGCGCGAACGCGAGCGGGUGCCUACCGCGGAAGAGCCCGGCGCUCGCGAAGGCGCUCGGGGAGGACUUCCCGGACGUGGACGUGCUGCUGUCGUACGCGCGCCCGGCGACGAGCGAGGAGAAGGGCGCGGGCCACCGGAACGCGAACGUGGACUGGGACCGGGAGCCGGACCUGGGGCGCAUCGCGGGCCUGUGCGAGAUGUACUUCGAGUGGGGGCUGCGGGAGGUGAUCGUGAAGCGGUUCAGGACGGUGCUGUGGCCGUCCGCGGUGCUCCGCAUCCUGAGGCGCGCCGCGAUUCUGCGCGACAGGGGCGAGCAGCGGAAGAGGGCCGCGGCCGUGCCGGCGACGCCGAGGAAGGACGGGAAGGAGAGGCGGGCGCCGCCAGGGACGCCCUCGAGCAUGAUCGCGAAGCACUUUUCGACUAUGGCGCUCGACAGCCCGCAGCGCAGCGGAGACAGCGAAGAUGAAGACGAAGACGAGGAGCGGCUCAUCGUGAGGAUCCACUCGUCAAGGCAACAUGCGUCGACGGACGACGUGCUUGAGUAUCGCCUCGAGGUCGCGCCUGCCCAGCUCGUCCGGCUCUGCGAAGCGGGCAUUCGGGGGCUGAGGACCGCGCUUCCCCCAGACCUGUCGGACGACGAGGAUGACGACGACGAGGGCGGGGGCAAGAAGGGCAAGAGGACGAAGAAGCCCCCGCCCGAUCCAGACAGCCACGUGCGGAUCUGGCUGCCGGCGUGUAUGGUCGACAUAGUCGAGCCACAGCUAGUAGAGGAGUUUCAAGGCGUGCGGCAGAAGAAGGCGGACAAGAAAGCCGGCAAGGGCAAAGCGAAGGAGGCGACGAAGGAGAAGGGAGCUAGCAAGGCCGCCUUGCGCAAGUUACCCUCCGUAAUGGCUCUGGCCGAAGAGGAAGAAGAGUCCGAGUCGGAUGCGGGACCUUCACCUUCGAAAGCAAGACCUUCUUCGGUCACGGUGCACGCUGAGAUAGAUAGUCCUAGCAAAGCAGCGCCGAAGAGGAGACCGACCAAGGAGGCAACAGCGGCGAAGGAGAACACGAGGAAGGUGGCCGGGAAGGAGGACUCAUCCAAGAUUAGCCAGUUUUAUGCAGCGAAGAAAGUGACAACGACGAGUGACUCCGCGAAAGUCGCCACUUCAACUGCGUCCAGGGUAGCGGAUCUCUUCAAGGACUUCGAGCUGCCUAGUUCUCAACGCCUCCCGGCUGAGCCCGCAGACAUGGAGGGGCCACGCAAACCAAAGCCCAAAGCUCGUGCGGCGGCGAAGCCUCCAGUCUCAUCCACAGCGCCGAGUUCCGGUUCCGGUUCUGCAAUGUCGGGUUCGAAUCUCCUCAGCUAUCUCGACAACCUGCCUUCAGCCUCGUCGUCCCAAGGCUCGUCAUCGUCGUCGCGUGUCCCAUUAUCGUCAAAAUCCACAGAACAUUCAUACCGACCCUUCCCUAUGGACUUUGAGCAGUACAAGCUCGGAGAAGACCUUGACAUAGAUGACAGCGAAGACGAGGACGAGAACCCCUUCACCACGAACGCCACGUCGAACCGAGGCCCGACGGCCUCGUCCUCUUCGUCCUCGCCCCGCACCCGCACCCGCACCUCGCUCACGGCGUCGGACGACUCCGAUGCCGCGCGACAAGCGCUGCAAAAGUCGCCGCGACGGUCUGAGAAGCACAAGUCCCGCGCGAAGGUCGCGGACGCGCUGCGGUGUGAAGAGGAAGAAGAGUCGUCCGAGUCCGACCGCGCGCCGUCCCCGUCGCCGAUGAAGCCGCGACAGCCGUCAAGGAUGUUCCGGGGAGCGCGCGUGUCGCGCGGAAAGCGGAACAAGAGGUUUCCAGGCCUCCCGCCCGCCCCCUCGCGGCGAAGCCCGCCCGUUCCCGGCAGACUUGUCUAUCAUCUCGAUAUCAAGCGGCUCAGAGGACGAAGGCCUGUUACCCCUCAGCGGCGGCCGACCAAGUCGGCUCCUCUGCUUGGGGCGAAGGCUAAGUUCAAACCUACGCAGACCACCUCCACGUCACUCCCUCAGCCUGCCGCGAUGGAGGCUGUGCGCAGGCCGCCGCGACAGGUGUACGAGCCGGAAGACGUGAUUGAUCUUACAUGA